AUGGAUAGCAUGAAAGGUGGUCCAGAUUCCAGUUUUAAUGAUAAUUUAAUUCGAGAAGUACGCCGUAACCCAAUAGUUUAUGAUGCGUCUCAUCCACUUUAUGGCAAUGCUUUAAAAAAACAAGAAACUUGGGGAGAAAUUGCAGGAAAACUUGGUGAAAAAGCAUUUCUGCUGAAUCGAACUACCAUAGAACUUCAGUGGAAUGCUGCAUGUUUGCAAUUACAUUGCACCAUUUUUGGAUAUGCAAGCUUUGAAGCCGUAAAAACACGUUGGCGAACAUUGCGCGACAGAUAUACCAAGGAGCGACGUCGAGUAACGACUCUUGGUGGUGGUUCGACGUUUUCAUAUUACUCUGAUCUCAGUUUCCUCGAUCACUGUACAAAUGAAAAUAGAAAAAGUCAUAAUAACUUGAUUGGAACGCCUUUUAAGCCAGAAUUUUUUGACCAAGCAUCAGAUGGUAGUGAUGAUAUCGUUUCUCACCAAGGUGAAAUCAACAGGGUUGAGAAUCAAGAAAUCGCUCAUAUGGAUGAAAAUGAAGCAUCAGUAUCUAAUCAUGGUAUCUCUAAUCAGCGAUUCGUGCAGCCAACAAUUAUACUAAAUGAUCAAAUACUUGAAGAUAUAUUACCUAAUAAAAGAGCCAAGGUUGAGACAAAUUCACAGUCGACUUCAGAUUCAGUCGCAGAUGCGCUUUUUCGUAGCGCUGAAGCACUUCAACGCAUUGCCGAUCGCCGCUUGCCUGGUCAACGAUUAUCUACAUCAAUUGUACGAGAUUUGCGAGAUGUGCGAGAUGUUGAUGAAUGUUUUGCUGAUUUCGUAUGUAUGGCACUAAAAGCUAUCGAUAACGAAAGUCGUGUUCAUGCUCGUAUUGCAAUUCUGCACGCUUUGGCUCAAUACCAGAUUUAA